AUGAUCAUUGUCAUGUGUAAUGGCAAUCGGCCGGUUGUUCAUCUCUCCGAAGACAGCUUCUCGGGCUCGUUUCAACUAAAAGAGAAAUAUCUGUUCUUUCUCAAGGUUGCACACGAAGGCGAACUGGAUGGCCAGACAGUCGAUGACUUUCUGGACUGGUCAAUCGAACCAUUUCUACCAGUGCUGCGAGGGCUUCCGAGAAAAGGGGUCAGUGUAUCUACCGAAAUCACUCUUCGCAAUUAUUUUUCCGCCGAGACGUUGGUCUACAUCUUGGUGGUCACAGUAGGCGAGCUAUCUCCAAGCCAGCGUGAACCGUCCAAGGAAGACAUGGAGUGGAUCGGACUUGGUAUACCUCUGCCACCCAAUCUGUGCUCAGUAUGGCAAUGCUUCAAGCCAUCCAAGGUUAUAAUCUGCGCCGAAACCCCCGAGCACGCGCUCGCAGGGAAGCCGAAGAAAGUCAGGCCGGUUGGCAGCCCAGCUUCAUUCUUCCUCAAAUGGCUCCAAGCUGGAGACUUGCGCUCCGCAUCUCGUGAGCUGGCCAUUUAUCAAAAGAUAAGCAAGGCGACUCUCAGUCCUAAAGCGCGACUUCCGCGUCUUCAUGGUCUGGUACGAGACGAAAGUGGUGUGGUUUUCGGACUCCUGCUCUCGUAUAUCAACCGCAGAGCCAGGAGAUUGACUUGCGCCGUGAAGCCUCAUACGUCUACCGAUUUGAAGCAAAAGUGGAAGAACCAGGUUUGCUGCACUGUUGAGGCCUUACAUACGGCUGGUAUUAUUUGGGGCGUGAAGGCGGCCAACGUGUUGAUCGAUGAGAACGACGAUGCUUUGGUCACCGAUUUCGGCGGUGGAUACACGAAAGGGUGGGUGAAGAAAGAAUCAGCCGGGUCUCUGGCUGGGGAUGCAGAGGGCCUGGCCAACAUUCUGAAGACCAUCGGUGUUUAG